AACGUCACGGGAUUUGUACCAAUCAGUGAGCCCAGAUUUGAAUAUCGACACAGGUAGCGUUAAUGUGCUCAAGGACAGAGUGGUUUCCAAAAAACACCAGGCGAUCUAGCCUAUGUUAGCCUAUGUUUUUUGCACAUUGUCAGUAAAGAAGUCUUGAAUUGAUGUCUCUCCGCAAAACUCUUCCAGCUUUUGCGUUCGCGACUCGUGAAAGGAGUUUUGCUAUCUCCACUCAUGGUUAUCAACGGAGUGUGCAAGCGUUACAUUCAACCAAAACACACACUCAAGAGGAGCAUGUGUCCUUCAGUAACAACAUCUCUAUUGACUUUGAACAUACCAAAGAAGCCUACAAGAGCAAAGACACCCUUGAGUUACUGAGAAGCUUGGUAGUUUUCAAACUUUGCACCUAUGACGUCCUGGUUGAUUCGAAUAAAGAGAUAAUAGAUCUCAGCAGAAAGCUGUUAGGACAGAAGAUGUUUGAGCAGUUCAUGAAGUUGACGUUCUACGGUCAGUUUGUGGCGGGCGAGGACCAUCAGUCCAUCAAGCCUGUAGUGCAGAAGAACCAAGCGUAUGGAGUGGGAGCUGUGCUGGAUUAUAGUGUAGAAGAGGAUCUCUCACAGGAAGAAGCUGAGAGGAAAGAGAUGGAAUCUUGCGUGUCUACAUCAAAGAAAGAAAGCCCUGGAGCUGACCAACGGGAGAAGAAGUUCACAGCCCAUCGCCGUGAAGGCGUGACGAGCCCUCGUACGUAUUUCUAUGCCGAUGAGAAGAAAUGCGACCAGCACAUGGAGACUUUCCUGAAAUGCAUCAAAGCCUCAGGUGGAAGUUCUGAAGAUGGUUUCUCCGCUAUUAAGAUGACUGCCCUGGGGCGCCCACAAUUCCUGCUCAAGUUCUCCGAGGUGCUGGUGAAGUGGAGACGUUUUUUCAGUUUCCUGGCUGCCAAGCAAGGGAAAGAUGGCGUGGAGGUGCUGGAGCAGAAACUGGAUUUAGAGCAAUUGCAGACAUGUCUAGCCAGGCUGGGAGCUCAGGGCAACAUUCAGAGCUGCUUCUCUGAUGGACGACUGCACUCAUCAGGCAUGGUGGACAUGCUGGACUGGAACAGUCUGAUCGACGAGAGAACAAAGAUAUCCAAUCUACUAGUUGUCCCAAACCUGCAGACUGGUCAGUUGGAGCCUCUUUUGUCCAAGUUCACGGAGGAAGAGGAAGGGCAGAUGAAAAGGAUGCUUCAGCGACUGGAUGUGUUGGCUAAGCAUGCGGUGGAAAAUGGUGUCAGGCUGAUGGUGGAUGCCGAACAGACAUAUUUCCAGCCUGCCAUCAGCAGACUUACUGUGGAGAUGAAGAGAAUCUUCAACACAGACAAAGCUGUCGUUUUCAACACCUAUCAGUGCUACCUCAAAGAGGCAUUUGAUAAUGUGUCCAUGGACGUUGAGCUAUCGAGAAGGGAGGGCUGGUGUUUCGGUGCCAAGUUAGUAAGGGGGGCUUACAUGUACCAGGAGAGAAGCCGAGCAGCGGAGAUUGGAUACGAAGACCCCAUCAACCCCGACUAUGACUGCACUAGCAGAAUGUACCACAGGCAAGAAAUGGUCCAAAUUCUUCCUUGAGAAUUGCACAUUUGAAGUCUGUUCCUGAAAACUAGUGGGCUGCCUUGUUGUAC